AUGUUUGAAUGUGAUCCGAUGGUAAGCAAAAAGAUUGACGUUUGGUCUUUUGGAGUCGUUUUGUGGGAGUUAAUUGGAAGAAAGUGGUGUUUUGAACAAGAAAGUUAUAUUCUCAUCGAGUUGAGCCAAAAAGGAAAGCUAGAACCGCCAAAGUUUCACUUCAAUCAUCCUCUGUGCGAUUUUAUUACUUUAUGUACCAUUCCAUCGAGGAUUGCUCGGCCAACGUCUAAAAUCGUUUUUAAGAUCUUGCUGGAGCUCAUUGAGACUGAAUCUGUCAACUUCAUGAUGAGAAGCUUCACACCGACCGAAGUGAUCGGAUUAAAUAGACAAAGCGCUCCGCCAAUACCCACUGGAUUCGAUGAAGACGAAAAUGCUCAUCGAACUAAUUUU